GAAUCGCCAGCAGUGUCACGCCUUUUGUCUCUCUUUUUUCUUCGUAGCCGACGCUACUUCCACCUUCCACCUCUCAACUCUGGACGACGACGAGAAACGGACGCGCACAGCGAUGGCGCCGGCGUGGACACAGCACAAACACUCCCGCUCGAAAGGGGGCCCCAUAUUGCCGACCUCGGCGGGCAGCAAAUCUCCCGGCCUGUCAAGAGCCGGCUUUCUCUCCAAACGCUACGUGCGGCUCCUCCUGGGCUGCGUCGGCGCUUUCUGGCUCUUCGUCCUCUUCUGCCGCGAGGAGGAAAUUGACAUCCCUGUAAAUGUCCCGAUCAUACAUGAGCUGCCGCCGCUCUAUGAAUCCUACCACGAUUAUGAGCGGCACCUUCCACAACAUAACCUCUCGUUGCCGUAUCCUGAAGGUCGGGACGCGAAGUUUUUCUGGGCUGCAAAUCAUGUGCAUCAGUCGGGAUGGGGAAAUGCGAUGCAGGAGUUGCUGGUAAACUCAUUACUGGCGUAUCACACCAAGCGAGCGUUCGUGUUCAACAACUAUACAUGGGAAGAUGAGGGCGAUUACGCCAACUACAAUGGCAAGCUCAUACCAGCUCGCAUCCCCUUGUCCACCCUCAUCAGUGGCCCGACAAUCGGCGCACCCUUCCCACCUGGCGACGACGCGCCAAGAGCUGUGUCUCGUGAAUACUUCAAGAAAGUUUGCCCAAAUCCCACUGUCAUCGACAGCAACGUCGUCAACGAGCACCUGCGGACUGAUCCCGACGUGCCCGCGCUGACGAUCUUUGAGAAAUGGGUGGAGAAGCUUAACUCGAUGGAUGAGCCGUGCGUGGAGAUCGACAAAAACUCAUUCCAGCUCUUCGAGAUUUGGUUGUUUGGCACAAAACGCAUUCUCUCCCUCUGGCCUCUCCUCUCCGAAUCCCCCAUCCUCCAACAAUACUCCUACGCCCCCCUCAUCCUCAACACCUACCACGAGAACGCAGACCUGUUCGAAGGCCCACUCCCCGACCAAUCCUUCCUCUCCCGGCUCUUCGGGCGUAAACGGCCCACACGGAAAGACCACCACCUCCCUCUCCACGAGAUCACACCGCACAUGCGGCCGUCCGACGUCGAGACGACCCCGGGGCUGCUCGUUCUGCACGUCCGGCGCGGCGACUUCAAGCAGCACUGCGAGCACCUCGCCAAGUGGUCCUCGGACUGGAACGGGCUCAACCAGUUCUCCGCGCUGCCCGAUACGUUCCAGCAGCCGGUGCCGACCGGGUGGGGCGAGACGACGGACGAGGCGCGCGCGAUGUAUAUCCGGCGGUGUUUUCCUGAUAUCGAUCAGAUUGUGUUCCGGGUGCGCGAGGUGAUGGCGGAGCGAGAGGAGGCGGCGGUGAGGGCGGGAGAGAGGGCGCCGCCGGAGCUGAGGAGGGUGUAUGUGAUGACGAAUGGGAAGGCGGAUUGGCUCGAGGAGCUUAGGGUGGCGCUUGGGGAGAUUAAGGAGUGGGAUGCGGUUGUGACGAGCAGGGAUAUGAGCUUGAGUUGGGAGGCGAAGCCGGUUGCGCAGGCGGUGGAUAUGCUGAUUGGGCAGAAGGCGGAGGUGUUUAUUGGCAAUGGGUUCUCGAGUCUGACAUCGAAUGUCGUGAUGUUCCGCAUGCUGCAGGGCCUUCCACCACACGACACGCGGUUCUGGUGAUCUGGCCUCAGCUAUUUGCAUCUCUGUUCCGUUUCACGAGGAUUCUCGGCACGGACAAGGGACGGUCGGCGCUUCGGUAUAUCGUACUGCGUUCGAGAACGAUAAGUUAUAAUAUGCUUUUCUGAAGUCCAUCUUACUCCCGGAUAUUUUUCUUCGUCUUCCUCCGCUUCAGUGUCACCUGUUCUUCUGGCAUCUCCAGCUUUCCGCUUCGUUCAUGCCUCCAUGUUCCAUUUCUUUAUCGGAAAAGUUCUGAUGGCGACCUCUGCGGUGGCCUGUAGAAGUAGGUUACGUUACACAUACCCCCCAGUAUUGGGUUAGGAGUCUCGGUUUCCUGUGCCCGACUAAUUGAAACCUCAAAC